AUGGGUCUGAAAAGUGCCCAGAAGGCCUUGUUCCCCUUGCGCUCCGUCUCCGACGUGGUGCGCCUCUUUGCGCUGGAGCUUCACCGGGAGCAUCCGGACCUGGUGCUCCUCUCGUUGGUGCUGGGCUUCGUGGAGCACUUCCUGGCCGUCAACCGGGUCCUCCCCACCAACGUGCCGGGCAUCAGCUUCGAGCCGGCCCAGGGUCCCGAAAGCCUGACCUACUUCCCCGUGGCGGACUUGAGCAUCGUGGGCGCCCUGCACGCCCGCUUCACCGCCCAGAUCCGAGGCGCCGUAGAUCUCUCGCUGUACCCCCGGCCGGAGGGUUACUCCUCCCGGGAACUGGUCAAGAAAGUCUCGGACGUCAUCUGGAACAGCCUGAGCCGUUCUUACUUCAAGGACCGAGCCCACAUCCAGUCGCUCUUCAGCUUCAUCACAGGUGGGGGCUCCGUAGGGACCAAGUUAGACAGCUCUGGGGUGGCCUUUGCGGUGGUCGGAGCGUGCCAGGCGCUGGGGCUCUAUGACGUGCACCUGGCCCUCUCGGAGGACCACGCGUGGGUCGUGUUCGGCAAGGACGGGGAGCAGACGGCCGAGGUCACGUGGCACGGGAAAGGCAACGAGGACCGGCGUGGGCAGACGGUCAACUCGGGCGUAGCGGAACGGAGUUGGCUCUACCUGAAGGGUUCCUACCUGCGUUGCACCCGGCCGAUGGAGGUUGCUUUCAUGGUUUGUGCCAUCAACCCCUCCAUCGACCUGCACUCCGACAGCCUGGAGCUGUUGCAGCUCCAGCAGAAACUAUUAUGGGUCCUCUACGACAUGCAGCAUUUGGAGAGGUAUCCCAUGGCUUUGGGGAACCUGGCUGACCUGGAGGAGCUGGAACCCACUCUGGGCCGUCCUGACCCCCUUUUCAUUUACCACCAGGGGAUCAGCUCAGCCAAGCAGUAUUAUCACAACGAGCACAUUUAUCCCUACAUCUACUUGGCCAGCUAUCACUGCCGCAACAAAAAUGUCAAGGACGCGCUAGAGGCGUGGGCUGACUCGGCCACUGUGAUCCAGGAUUACAACUACUGCCGAGAAGACGAAGAGAUUUAUAAGGAAUUCUUUGACGUGGCCAACGACAUUAUUCCCAAUUUGCUCAAAGAGGUGGCCAGCCUGGCGGAUUCCGCCGAAGAGAAGGGAGCCGGGGAGAAAGGAGAGGCUUCGCCGUCUCAAACGGGCGGAUCGGCGUUGCAGGACCCCGAGUGCUUUGCCCACCUUCUGCGCUUCUACGACGGCAUCUGCAAAUGGGAAGAGGGCAGCCCCACGCCGGUCCUCCACGUGGGGUGGGCCACCUUCCUGGUCCAGUCCUUGAGCCGCUUUGAUGGGACGGUGCGGCAGAAGGUGACCCUGGUCAGCCGGGACCUGGAUGCGAACGACGACGACGACCAAGGCAGCGAGGAUCCCCGGGAAGGCCGGCGUCGGGGUCCCCGGCGAGAAUCCAAGCCGGAAGAGCCACCCCUGGCCAAGAAGGCCACAGAACGUCGACGCCCGAGCGCCACCCAGCGAUCCGACCGGCCGCUUCCGGAGAAGGAGGAGGGUCUCAGCAGCGGCUCCAGCCCCCGCCCCGAAGGCCCCGUCCUCACCUUUCAAAGCGAGAAAAUGAAAGGGAUGAAGGAACUCCUGGUGGCCGCCAAGAUCAACUCGAGCGCCAUCAAGCUGCAGCUCACGGCCCAGUCACAGGUCCAGCUGAAAAAGCAGAAGAUUUCUGCGCCCCGAACAUACGCCCUGUCCUUUCUCAAACGGCCCCGGAAGUCUCUUUGA